AUGAUGGCGUCCCACAGUACAGGGGGUAGGGUGUCCUGCGGGAGAGAUUUGAAUUGUGUGCCCGAGGUUGCUGACACUCUUGCGGCGGUCGCUAAACUUGGGUAAGUAAACUGCUUUGCCCAAGCAGUCAAAUACUGGAGAGGAGUAGGCUAUCGCUAUCUACCCUUCGGCUUCAUUUCUACACGUGAUGUAGCUAGCUAACUAGCUAUCUAUUUUAGCGCCGCAGGAACAGCUAGCUAGCUAGGUUAAUUUGCCGGUGAAAUAUUAGCACGUGCACUAUCACAAUGGCUAAGAAAUGUUCCUUCUGGCCACGACCUCAAUAUCUGUUGAAUACAUUUGACUGGAUCCAUGACGUUACUUGAAUUUAUUAUCCUAUUAAAUAACGGUUAGCUACGUUUAAAGUAAUUUUCGUACAUUAAACUUUGUGCAAGAACAUCAGACAACUUGAGAUCAUCGACAACUCAACUAAAGUGUCCCAUCUGUCCCUUCCCUUUCAGGUUUGACUUCUUGUGCAUGCCCCUCUUCCACCCGAGGUUCAAGAGGGAGUUUGAGUUGGACCCCGCCAAAGUCCGAUCUGGAGCACAUACACGCUCUGACCUGCUGCUCUGUGGACGAGGUGAGGUCAGAGGCAACCUGUAUUUAUACUGGCCUCAAUGGUAGAAACUAGACAGUUCAUUCUCAUGCCCAAGUUCCACUGAGCACAGGAGCAUCUACUUACAGGACUAUCUAAUGACUCUACAGUAUGUAUUUAAAAAAACAUUAAGUAUCAGGAUAUUGAAUUUCAAUUCUUCCUUACCCAGACUGGAACACUCUGGUUGUUGGAAAGCUUUCUCCAUGGAUCGAGACAGACUCAGAGGUGGAAACGGAGCGCAGGAAUUCAGAAGCGGUGAGUUGGAAAUCAUGAAAAUACUUGGUGUAUUCAUUAAGUCACACCGUAAAAAAACAGUUGCAAAAUGCUUUGCAAUGGAAGACGUUUCGCUAUGAAAAUGACAAUUUCUAUUGUACAAAUUCAGGUAGGUCCCUGCCCAUUUUGUUCUGUUUGAAUUCUAGUGAAUACACCCUGGCCUCCUUUGUCUGCUCAAGCAGACCUUUUGAAACAUAUUUGCCACAGGUUGAAUUGUUGCUCUCUCCUUUCAUCCCUCUGUCCUGUCUCAGGCCCUGGUCCAGGAGCUGAACUUCUCAGCGUAUCUGGGUCUGCCAGCCUUCAUGAUCCCUCUGAAGGGCCCUCACUGUGCCAACCUGGCCCGCGUGCUGCUCAACCACAUCCAGACUGGACACCACUCCUGCGUGGUAGCUACAGCAGUCAAGCGUUAUCUAGCUGUAGCAUUUAAGAACUAUAACUCAUUCUUCAUCCUUGGCUUGUAUUGUGACUGGCAAUUUCAUGGUAAUUCAGUGAACUUAAAAUUGAGGUUAUAUAAAACCUACAACUAAGAAAUUGUGGAUUGUUUCAUAUCAGUUCUGGAUCCGGGUCCCCCUGAUUUCCUCUGAUGACAUGCGUGAUGACAUCAUCGAGAAUGAGCCAACGAAACACACAGAUGAUGGCAGUAAUGACGAGAAGACCUGGGCCUGGUGGGUCUGCCGUCACGGCUAGGACCCCAUGGCUAAGGCAUGAAGGUUUUCAGCCUUGUUGUCUUUUGCUUUUUGUAAAAAUGUACCUUCUGCUUUUCCUUUUUCAGGUGGCAUUCAUUCAGAACUCUUUGUGACUACAACAAGAGGAUCUGUUUAGGUAAGGAAGCAGGACAGGGAAACAUGGUUGGAGGGGUGUUGACAAACUGAUAAGGAAUUAUUUUGGUCACAAUUGAUACUGACCUGUCUUCCCUUCCUUUCCCUCAAGCCAUUGAGGUUGGAGCAGACAUGCCUACCAACGCUGUGAUCGACAAGUGGCUUGGAGAGCCAAUUAAAGCAGCCAUUCUUCCCACCAGGAUCUUUCUGACCAAUAAGAAAGGGUUCCCAGUCCUUUCAAAAGCCCACCAGCAAAUCAUCUUCCGUCUAUUCAAGGUACUGUAAAUGUGAGGCUAUAUGUCAAUUGUUAUAGCAACUACAACCGUUUUAUCUUGUCUGUCUUCUGUUCUUGAAUAUAUGUAUUUUACAAAACAUUUCCUCUUGUUCUCCCAGCUUGAGGCCCAGUUCAUCUUCACUGGCACCAGUCGUCACAGUGAGAAGGACUUCCGCUCCUACUUGCAGUACCUUGAAUACCUCAACCAGAACCGCCCUGCCCCCAAUGCCUAUGAACUGUUUGCCAAGGGUUAUGAGGAUUACCUACAGUCUCCUCUUCAGGUGUGUGUGUGUUAAGUUUGUAAAUAGGCAUACCUAUAUUGUCUGUAUGCAUUGGAUUCUUUGUUUUGUCUCUAACUGUUCUCUUCCCAUUAGCCCCUCAUGGACAAUCUGGAGUCUCAGACAUAUGAAGUGUUUGAGAAGGAUCCCAUCAAAUACUCCCAGUACCAGCAGGUAAGGAGCCUUUGACAUGCAUGUUCUCGCAGUAUAAUACACUGUAACAGAUAGCAUUAGUGAUGUGGCUGGUAGGGUUUAACACAGUAAUAUCAUUAAGUACUGAUUGGGUUCUCCUGAUCUUUCUGCAGGCUGUGUAUAAGUGUCUGAUGGACAGAGUCCCGGAGGAGCAGAAGGAGUCCAAUACACAGUGAGUAGCUCCAACACCUAACUGUCUGUCCUCUCUGUUCAUGCGUAUCUAUUCUCCUGACAAUCAGCUUCCCCCUCUGUAUCUGGUGGUUAAUAGUAUGUAUUCUCUGUAACCCCAGGGUGUUGAUGGUGCUGGGGGCUGGGAGAGGUCCUUUGGUCAACGCCUCCCUGCGGGCUGCCAAGCAGGCUGACAGAAAGCUCCGUAUCUACGCCGUGGAGAAAAACCCCAACGCUGUCGUCACGUGAGUGGAACCUUUUCUCAUUUUGAACCCUGACCUCUAAUAGAGUUGCCAUCACGGACCAAACUCAUUCCAGGAGAUUAUUAAAGUCCUCUAACAUUUUUUAAAAUGUAUUAUUUAAAUUCAGGCAUUAGAAGUAAUUUCCUCGGAUAGCUUUAAUACUCUCUCGCAGGUAAAUAAAUCCAGAUGAAAAUGGGAGGUUGGCAACGUUAAUCUCCACUGAGCUCCUAAAAAUUCCCUCCACCCUCCUGUACUGAUCCUGUCACUCUCUCCCAGGCUUGAGAACUGGAAGUUUGAGGAGUGGGGUGAUCAGGUGACCGUAGUGUCAUGUGACAUGAGGGAGUGGGCGGCACCUGAGAAGGCAGACAUCAUCGUCAGCGAGCUGCUCGGGUCCUUCGGGGACAACGAGCUGUCCCCAGAGUGUUUAGAUGGAGCACAGAACUUCCUCAAAGGUAGGGGGGGGAAGUCACUCUUAAUUCCAGUCAUUUGCAACUUGUUGAUAUUGAAAUUUUGCACAUCACUGAUUGAUUGAAAUCUUUAUUAUGUGCUAGAGCUAUACAUGGUAACGUUCCUUCAAUGCCCAUUUAUUUUGCCUCAAGCACCUCUACCCUUUCUCAUGUUAAACGUGUUCCCGUUCUCUUGUUCCUCUCUCUCAGAUGGUGGGGUGAGCAUCCCCUGUUCCUACACCUCCUUCCUGGCCCCCAUCUCUUCCUCCAAGCUGUAUAACGAGGUCCGGGGGUGCAGGGAGCGGGACAAAGAUCCCGAGUGCCACUUUGAGACCCCCUAUGUAGUCAGGCUCCACAACUUCCACCAGCUGGCUGAGCCCAAGGCCUGCUUCACCUUCAUUCACCCUACCACAGGUAACACAAACCCAUAUAUGGCUAAUGCUUACACACCAACACUCACACACCCUAGCUAACACAGGUAAUGAUCACACAUAAGAUAUGUAAUAAAUGCACUUAUCUCUCCUUUCCUUCAGAUAUGAACAACAACCGGUAUCAGUGCCUCAGAUUCUCUGUGGGGUGUAACACAGUGCUGCACGGCUUUGCUGGAUACUUCGAGACCACACUCUACGGAGAUGUCACACUCAGUAAGUAGUAAGAGUGGGGAUGAUGAUGAUGAUGAUGGUGAGGUUUUAAGAUGUUGGAUAUCAUUAACAUCAAUGUGUGCGUCUGUUUGGUCAAGGUAUCAAGCCAGAGACCCACUCUCCUGGAAUGUUCUCCUGGUUCCCCAUCCUCUUCCCUCUCAAAGUAAGUUGACUGUCAUACGUUCAUGUAAAAUGUAUACUUUACAUUUAGCACAUUUUAUUACCCAGAAGAAUGUAGUGUACAGUGGGGGGAAAAAGUAUUUAGUCAGCCACCAAUUGUGCAAGUUCUCCCACUUAAAAAGAUGAGAGAGGCCUGUAAUUUUCAUCAUAGGUACACGUCAACUAUGACAGACAAAUUGAGGGAAAGAAAUCCAGAAAAUCACAUUGUAGGAUUUUUAAUGAAUUUAUUUGCAAAUUAUGGUGGAAAAUAAGUAUUUGGUCACCUACAAACAAGCAAUAUUUCUGGCUCUCACAGGCCUGUAACUUCUUCUUUAAGAGGCUCCUCUGUCCUCCACUCGUUACCUGUAUUAAUGGCACCUGUUUGAACUUGUUAUCAGUAUAAAAGACACCUGUCCACAACCUCAAACAGUCACACUCCAAACUCCACUAUGGCCAAGACCAAAGAGCUGUCAAAGGACACCAGAAACAAAAUUGUAGACCUGCACCAGGCUGGGAAGACUGAAUCUGCAAUAGGUAAGCAGCUUGGUUUGAAGAAAUCAACUGUGGGAGCAAUUAUUAGGAAAUGGAAGACAUACAAGACCACUGAUAAUCUCCCUCGAUCUGGGGCUCCACACAAGAUCUCACCCCGUGGGGUCAAAAUGAUCACAAGAACGGUGAGCAAAAAUCCCAGAACCACACGGGGGGACCUAGUGAAUGACCUGCAGAGAGCUGGGACCAAAGUAACAAAGCCUACCAUCAGUAACACACUACGCCGCCAGGGACUCAAAUCCUGCAGUGCAGACGUGUCCCACUGCUUAAGCCAGUACAUGUCCAGGCCCGUCUGAAGUUUGCUAGAGUGCAUUUGGAUGAUCCAGAAGAGGAUUGGGAGAAUGUCAUAUGGUCAGAUGAAACUAAAAUAUAACUUUUUGGUAAAAACUCAACUCGUCGUGUUUGGAGGACAAAGAAUGCUGAGUUUCAUCCAAAGAACACCAUACCUACUGUGACGCAUGGGGGUGGAAACAUCAUGCUUUUGGGCUGUUUUUCUGCAAAGGGACCAGGACGACUGAUCCGUGUAAAGGAAAGAAUGAAUGGGGCCAGGUAUUGUGAGAUUUUGAGAGAAAACCUCCUUCCAUCAGCAAGGGCAUUGAAGAUGAAACGUGGCUGGGUCUUUCAGCAUGACAAUGAUCCCAAACACACCGCCCGGGCAACGAAGGAGUGGCUUCGUAAGAAGCAUUUCAAGGUCCUGGAGUGGCCUAGCCAGUCUCCAGAUCUCAACCCCAUAGAACAUCUUUGGAGGGAGUUGAAAGUCCAUGUUGCCCAGCGACAGCCCCAAAACAUCACUUCUCUAGAGGAGAUCUGCAUGGAGGAAUGGGCCAAAAUACCAGCAACAGUGUGUGAAAACCUUGUGAAGACUUACAGAAAACGUUUGACCUGUGUCAUUGCCAACAAAGGGUAUACAACAAAGUAUUGAGAAACUUUUGUUAUUGACCAAAUACUUAAUUUUCCACCAUAAUAAACAAAUAAAUUCAUUAAAAAUCCGACAAUGUUAUUUUCUGAAAAAAAUAAUCUCAUUUUGUCUGUCAUAGUUGACGUGUACCUAUGAUGAAAAUUACAGGCCUCUCUCAUCUUUUUAAGUGGGAGAACUUGCACAAUUGGUGGCUGACUAAAUACUUUUUUUCCCCACUGUAUUUACCCUUUUCCUCCCCUCUCCCACCUGCAGCAACCGAUCCCCGUAACGAAGGAUGAUGAUGUCGUGGUGAGGUUCUGGAGGUGUAACAAUGGGAAGAAGGUGUGGUACGAAUGGGCCGUGACAGAGCCCUCAUGCUCCGCUAUCCACAACCCAGCAGGACGAUCCUACACCAUUGGCCUUUGAAGACCUCACACUCGCAUACAUGCAUACUAACAUACACACACACAUGCAUACAGACACAAUAAAACAGGCACUUAGUUGCAAAUGAAGUUGAGGUAGUCUUGCUCACAAAAGAUCUAGCAUUUUACCAAUUCGCCUGUAAUCACGAGCCUGCUCAUACCAUGAAACCUACAGACCAGGGUCACAGUGAGGCUUUAGAGCUGGGAAUGAGAACCCAAUCAAUGGUUUAGAUGGGACUGAUUUGAUACUUAUUUUACAGUAUAGGUAAAGGAGUCAGUUUCAGGAAUGGACUAUCAUCCACAUACAUACAUCCACAUACCUAUUGAGUUGAAGUUACUUAUUUAGCCAGCAGUCAAGAGACCCUCAAUGGCAGCGUUGACUUUUUUUCACUAAUUGUUCUUUUGACCAAUCAGAUCUAUGAAAAAUAUCUGAUGUAAUUGGUCAAAAGACCUAUUCCAUACUAUAAGCAGAUGAAAUGGCUCUAAAUUGUAACUCAACACACUCUUACCCGGUUACAACUCCGAUACAGCAGUGUGUAGGAGACGGGCUGUUCAGGUCGUACAUUUUUCAGCUGUUCAUUUCUUUGUUUUCUUACUGUUUUUGUCUGAACCAUAUUGUCAAUAAAGACAACUACUAGCUA